GGCAGACUGAACCGCCUUGCAGUGUGCUGCCCUGAGAGUUGUCGGGGUUUUGGUUGUGGAGUAUCUGUGAGGGGAGCAAGGGCGGUUACGCUUGUACAAUGCCGAAUAAAACGAAAAAAGAUAAGGAGUCUCCCAAGUCUGGCAAAGUGGGGAAGAGUGGAGGACAGGAAAAUUCAGAGCAUGAGCAGAGCUCUAACAGGAAGACUAGUAAUAGUGUUCCUCCUACUACUCAGCUGCUAAAGGGGAAGCAGCCAGGUACCCAGACACCUGUCAAAAAGGACAAGAGACAGAGCUCCUCUCGCUUCAGCUUGAGCAACAACAGGGAGCUGCAGAAACUUCCUGCUUUUAAAGAUGUUCCCCCUGCAGAGCAGGAGAAGCUGUUCAUCCAGAAGUUGCGUCAGUGCUGCGUCCUCUUCGAUUUUGUCUCAGACCCGCUGAGUGACCUGAAAUGGAAGGAGGUGAAACGCGCCGCGCUGAGCGAGAUGGUGGAGUACAUCACCCACAACAGGAACGUCAUCACUGAACCCAUCUACCCAGAAGUGGUUCACAUGUUUUCUGUGAAUAUGUUUAGGACGUUGCCACCAUCAUCCAACCCCACUGGUGCAGAGUUUGACCCAGAAGAAGAUGAACCCACGUUAGAAGCUGCAUGGCCACAUCUACAGCUCGUCUAUGAGUUCUUCCUACGGUUCUUAGAGUCACCAGACUUUCAACCAAACAUAGCCAAAAAGUAUAUUGACCAGAGGUUUGUAUUGCAGCUCUUAGAACUUUUUGACAGUGAAGACCCCAGGGAAAGAGAUUUUUUAAAGACCACUCUACAUCGCAUCUAUGGCAAGUUCCUGGGCCUGCGAGCGUACAUUAGAAAACAGAUUAAUAACAUAUUUUAUAGGUUCAUUUAUGAGACUGAACAUCAUAAUGGUAUAGCAGAACUACUGGAAAUACUAGGCAGCAUAAUCAAUGGAUUUGCAUUACCAUUGAAAGAAGAGCACAAGAUAUUCCUGCUGAAAGUCCUCCUGCCUUUGCACAAAGUGAAGUCCCUUAGUGUGUAUCACCCACAGCUGGCUUACUGUGUGGUACAGUUCUUAGAGAAGGAUAGCACCCUUACAGAACCGACGGUAAUGGCUUUGUUAAAGUAUUGGCCAAAGACCCACAGUCCAAAAGAAGUCAUGUUCCUCAACGAACUGGAGGAGAUCCUGGAUGUCAUUGAGCCUUCAGAGUUUGUCAAAGUCAUGGAACCCCUCUUCAGACAGCUGGCCAAGUGUGUGUCAAGCCCGCACUUUCAGGUGGCAGAGCGAGCCCUGUACUACUGGAACAAUGAGUAUAUCAUGAGCCUAAUCAGUGACAACGCUGCCAAGAUCCUCCCCAUCAUGUUCCCGGCCCUUUACCGUAAUUCCAAAACCCACUGGAACAAGACGAUCCACGGGUUGAUCUACAAUGCUCUGAAACUCUUCAUGGAGAUGAACCAGAAACUGUUUGACGACUGCACCCAGCAGUUCAGGGCAGAAAAAAGCAAGGAGAAAGCCAAAUGGAAAGAGAGAGAAGAAGCUUGGCUGAAGAUUGAGAAUCUAGCAAAGGCAAACCCACAGUUUCUCAUGUACGUUGACGCAGUAGAAUCAGGGAGUCCGAUGGACAUGGAGACAGAUGGGCCAUUGCUAGACGAUGUUAACAUGCUAAAGAGAACCGUAGAAGAGGAAGCCACACAGAUCCUAAAAGACCAGCGCAGAGAACGCCCGUUGAUGCGGAGGAAAUCGGAACUCCCCAAAGACAUCUCAACGGUCACAGCUUUGGAGUUGCACCGAAGAGCAGAGGAAAUGUUGACGCCGCACGAUGGCCACUAAGAGACCAUCCCAGACCCACCAUAAACCAGCAGCAUCCACAGUGGAAUCUCAAGCCCACAGAGGGGCCAGCACAAAAAAAAACAGAACUGUGGUAUCUCAGUCCAGCCCAGUGCAACACAGACAUGAAAGCUUCCAGCUCCACCUGACACGGAAAAUGUCUAAAGCCACACAUCUAAGCCGGGUUUGGCUUUUCAAGACAAGCGGUGCUCAGUCCUUCCUUACUGAUCCCUGACUCCACCGUCCCACCGCACUUCACCCCUACCCGGUUGUUGUCCAGCAGAGAUGUCUGUGGUACUGGGUGGUCCUGCAUGACCAUGACACACACCGUGUCCUAAACUUUGUAUAAGAUACUGUUCUCAUAAUCUCCU